AUGAAAGUCAUUGAUAAGAUUAACAAAGCCGAAGAAGAAGGACGUCCUUUCUGGUCCUUUGAAUAUUUCCCUCCAAAGACGUCUCAGGGUGUCCAAAACUUGUAUGAUCGCAUGGAAAGAAUGCAACGUUAUGGUCCUGAAUUCAUUGAUGUUACUUGGGGUGCUGGUGGUACCUCUGCCGAUUUGACUACCGAAAUCGUUGCUACUGCUCAAUCUGUUUAUGGUUUAGAAACCAUGAUGCACUUGACUUGUACCAACAUGCCCAAGAAGCAAAUUGAUGAUGCUUUAGAAGCUGCCAAGAAUUGUGGAUGUCAAAACAUUCUCGCUUUGCGUGGUGAUCCUCCUAAGGGUCAAGCCAAUUGGGAAUCUUGUGAAGAAGGUUUCGAACAUGCCAUCGACCUUGUUCAUUACAUUCGUGAAAAAUACGGGGACUAUUUUUGUAUUGCUGUAGCUGGUCAUCCCGAAGGUCAUAUUGAUAACCCAGACAAAGAAGAUGAUUUGCUGCAAUUGAAAAAGAAGGUCGAUGCUGGCGCUGACCUUGUUGUUACACAACUCUUUUUCGACAUUGAUGCCUUUAUUCAAUUCUACAAGAAGGCUCGUGCUAUUGGCAUCCAAGUACCCAUCUUACCUGGUGUCUUCCCUAUCCAAAACUACACUGGUCUUAAGCGUGUCAUUUCCUUCAAUAAUAACUUUGUUCCUCAAAAGAUUUGGGAUGAUCUUGAAUCCAUUAAAGAAGAUGACAUUGCUGUCAAAGAAUACGGUAUUAACUUGACUGUCGAAUUCGUCAAGAAGUUCCGUGAAGUUGGCAUCAAUGGUUUCCACAUCUAUACAUUCAACUUAGAACGUUCAUCUCGACUUGUAUUGGAAAGACUUGGAUUGGUUGCUCCUGUCGAAAACAUCAAGCCUUUGCCCUGGAGCCCUUCUCUUACUACCAAGCGAGCCAAAGAAAAUGUCCGUCCUAUCUUCUGGAAGAAUCGUACCAAGAGUUACAUUCAACGUACUGAAACUUGGGAUGAAUUCCCUAACGGCCGUUGGGGUGAUUCUCGCUCUCCUGCCUUUGGUGAACUCGAUGGUUGGGGUGUUAAUCUCAAGUACCCUGUAGAACAAUGUCUUCAAAUGUGGGGAGCUCCUAAUACCAUUGAUGAUAUUGCCCAAACUUUUGCUCAAUAUUGUAAAGGCCAAAUUGCUGGUAUUCCUUGGAGUGCUCAACAAUUAGAUGCUGAAACUGAAAUCAUUCGCCAACGUUUGGCAGCCAUCAACUUGUUAGGUUACUUGACCAUCAACUCUCAACCUGCUGUCAAUGGUGCCAAGAGUUCUGAUCCUGUGUAUGGCUGGGGUCCCAAGAAUGGUUAUGUUUUCCAAAAGGCUUAUCUUGAAUUCUUUGUUUCUCCUGAAAAGUUAGAUGAAUUGAUUGAAAAGAUUGGCAAGGACCAUCAAGUAACUUACUAUGCCAUUAACAAGCAAGGCGAUCUUCGUACAAACACUCAACAUGACGAACCUAAUGCUGUCACUUGGGGUGUCUUCCCCGGUAAAGAAAUUGUUCAACCUACUAUUGUUGAAGCUGUUGCAUUUACUGCUUGGAAGGAUGAAGCAUUUGAACUCUGGAACAGAUGGGCUCGUAUCUAUGAACGUGAGAGUCAAUCCGCCGAAUUGAUCUUGGACAUUACUAACAACUGGUAUUUGAUUAAUAUUGUCCACAAUGAUUUCCAAGACGAAAAUGGUAUCUGGAAAUUGUUUGAUCUAGAAAUUGAUGGCGAAAUUUCUCGUAAAUUAUUACAGUCUACCACUGUUGCACGAUAGAUUUAUGAAUUGUAACUGUAUUCAACAUGCCUACUCCCUUUUUUUUAUAUGUAUACAUACUUUUUUGUUAUUUAUUUCUUGUCAUAUAGUAUUCAACUACCCUAUUAUUUUUCUUCUAGUUAUUCAUGAUUCCCCCCCCCCCCACAGCGUUGUAUAAAACAAUAAAAAAAAGACUUGGUUGCCAAUGC